GUUUGGGAAUCUAAUUUCGGAAAGAACAAGAACAAGGACGCUUUUAGGGGACAUUCUGGAAAAGUAAAAAAGAAACAGCUCUAUAACUCUAAGGAGAAGAAAUGGAAAACAAUCGAUGCUGAGAUAGCGUCUCUUCAGGAAAGAUACAACCAGUUUGACUCCUCAUCUGUAGAGAAAUUCACAGACUUUCCACUUUCCAAACGGACACUACAGGGCCUGGAAUUAGGCAAGUAUGAGAGUCCAACAGAAAUUCAGAAGGAAUCAAUUGGCUUAGCAUUACAGGGAAAUGAUAUUCUUGGUGCUGCAAAAACAGGAUCAGGGAAAACUCUCGCUUUUCUUAUUCCGGUAUUAGAAUGUUUAUACAGACAAAAAUGGAGUCCCAUGGAUGGUUUAGGAGCAUUGAUUAUCUCCCCUACCAGGGAACUUGCCUACCAAACGUUUGUUGUGUUACGGAAAAUUGGAAAAUUUCAAGACUUCUCAGCAGGACUAGUGAUCGGUGGCAAGCUGCUGUCGGAUGAGAUUGGACGCAUGAAUAGAACAAAUAUUGUGAUCUGUACCCCGGGCAGGUUACUCCAACAUAUGGACGAGACAGCUAACUUUACUGCUGACUCUCUACAGAUACUUGUUCUUGAUGAGGCUGACAGAAUACUAGAUUUGGGGUUUGCUCAGUCCAUGAAUGCUAUUAUAGAAAAUCUUCCCAUAGCACGACAGACUCUCCUUUUCUCUGCUACACAGACAAGGUCAGUAAAAGACCUGGCCCGACUCAGUUUACAGAAUCCUAUGUAUGUGUCUGUACAUGAAAAUGCUCAACACAGCACUCCCACUCAGCUGGAACAGAGUUAUAUUGUGUGUGAACUACAUGACAAGAUCAACUUGUUGUGGUCGUUCAUCAAGAACCAUUUGAAGUCUAAAACCCUAGUGUUCCUAUCGAGCUGUAAGCAGGUGCGUUACAUCCACAACAGUAUCUGCCAACUCAGACCUGGUGUGUCCGUCCUGGCACUUCAUGGUGCUAUGAACCAGUUAAAGAGGGUCGCUGUAUACAAUGAGUUCUGUCGCAAACAAAAUGCCAUACUCCUUGCUACAGACAUAGCAGCCCGAGGACUAGAUUUUCCAGCCGUGAAGUGGGUGUUACAGUUGGACUGUCCAGAGGAUGCCAACACCUACAUACACAGGGUCGGAAGGACAGCAAGAUAUGACACAGAUGGCGAGUCUCUACUUGUCCUGUUGCCUUCUGAGGAAGAAGCCAUGGUCCAGCUGCUCGAGGAAAAGAAAAUACCAAUUGAAAAAAUAAAGGUUAAUCCAAAGAAGUUAUGGAGUAUACAGCCCAAGCUGGAGAAUAUGUGUGCUGCUGACCCUCAUGUCAAGGAGUCCGCACAGAAGGCAUUCCUCAGUUAUCUCCGAUCAGUCUUCAUGAUGAGCAACAAAAAAGUUUUCAAUAUCCAUGCACUUGAUACAGAGAAGUUUUCAGGGUGCUUAGGUUUGGCCUUUCCCCCAAGGAUCAGGUUCCUACAGCGGGAAGAGAAACGGUUAGCAGAGAAGGCAGCAAGCCAAGCCUCUGUGCUCAAGUCAAAAGAUAAUCCUGGGAAGUCCAGGGUUCCUGAUUCCGGGGAGGAGGAGGGGGACUCGGCUGUUGGAUCUGACAGUGAUUCUGAUAUGGCUGUGAAUAGUGAUGACAUAGGUGUCAGUAGCAGCAGCAGUGAGGAGGACUCAAGUGAAAGUGAAAGUGAAAGUAAACAAUCUAAAAAUAGAACUGAAAAAAAUAAAAAGACUAGAAAUACUUAUCUUGACAAAGAGUCCAACGCUGCUAAUUUUGAUGUGGAGGAGGAAGAUGAAUUUCUUACAGUGAAGAAAAAACAUCUACCAUCUGAAGCUAAGGAAGACAAGAAAAAAGCUAAGUCAUCUGAGCAGAGCUUUGAGAUCCCAGAACGUCAGAAAAAGAAAGCUCCUACCAAGUUUGCCAUGGCCAAAAUGAUACAGAAGAAGAACAUUAUCGUCAACCAGAAGAUCACAUUUGAUGAAGAGGGACAGGCUGUGGUAGACGUGAUGAAGCAGUCCAAGGUUGAUGAGGAGCCAGAUGAAUACGAGGGUGGGAUCAGCAUCAGUGCUGCCAAAAAACGCAUGGAGAAAGAGGACAAUUUUGACAAAAAACUUGACAGGGAUCGUGUCCUUCAGAAACACAGGGAGAAACGACUAAAGCUGAAGGAAGAGAUGAGAGCAAAGAAAAAUAAAAGGAAAUAUCAGGAUGAUGAGGAAGAAGGUGAGGCUGUGUUGGGAGGGGAUGAAGAUGGAGCAAAUCCCUUGGACUUCCUGCCUGACCCUGAUAAAGUGUAUGGCCCUGGGGGUGAUAGUGAGGAGGAGGAGGAUGAGGAGGAGCCAGAGUUUGAGCCAGUUACCAAGAAACAGAGAUUGUCCAAUACAAUGGAUAGUGAAAGUGAUGAGUAUUCUGGUGAUGAAGAUGUGGCAAGUGGAGAUGAUGACGAUGAGGAUGAUGAUGAUGAGGAUGAAGAUGAUGAUGAUGAUAACACAAUGCAGUCGGCAUACACAUUAGAAGACGAUGAAGCACUAGCAUUAAAGUUACUUGGAAAAUGAAUUGUUGAUUUUUAUACAUUGAAAAAAUAAAUAUUUAUGGCAGCAGAAAA